GGGGCUCAGACGGGCCGGUGUCGGGCGGUGGAUGGUGGUGCCGGACUGUGUGUGCCGUGGUGAUCGGGACCGUGCGCGUCUCUCUAGGACUGUCUGGCGGCGCGGCGCCGUGAACUGACCGACUACAGAGCCUGCUCUGCUCUCCUGCUGGGGAGCACAGCGCCGCAGCACCCACGAGUCGGUAUGGAGGCGCAGUACAUCGCCUCGUCGGCCGAGGCCGAGAUGGCCUACUCGCAGCAGGCCAUGUACCAGCAGUACUACUCACAGAUGGACUACCGCUGCUCGCCCAUGGAGAUGGGCUACUCGGUGCGUGCCGACGCCGCCGGCGGCGACCUGUACGGCCGCGGCUACAUGGGCCACCUGGCGCCCUCCAUGGUCGGCGCCGCCGCCAGCUACGACUACAGACUGAUGCCGGCCGGCAAAAUGUGCGGCGAGCUGCCCCCCGGCGGGCCCCCCGAGAAGAAGGGCAAGGAGGCGCGCAUCCGGCGGCCCAUGAACGCCUUCAUGGUCUGGGCCAAGACGGAGCGCAAACGGCUGGCCGACGAGAACCCCGACCUCCACAACGCCGACCUCAGCAAGAUGCUGGGUAAGAAGUGGCGCGGCCUGACGCCGCACGACCGGCGGCCGUUCGUCGAGGAGGCCGAGCGGCUGCGCGUCCAGCACAUGCAGAAACACCCCAACUACAAGUACCGGCCCCGGCGCCGCAAACAGGCCAAGGCGAAGGGCGGCUCGGCGGGCGGCUCCGGCGGCUCCGCGGGCACGGCGCCGUCCCGGUCGGCGGGAGCGGGCGCCGCGCGCUCCGACCGCUCCGACACAGAGCCCGCCUCGGCCGACCCGCCGCCGUCCGCCUUCUCCGUCAAACAGGAGGACGAGCUGGCGUGCGGCCCCGGCCGCUACGGCCGCGAGCCCGCCUACGGCUUCACGGGCCUCAGCACGCCAGACACGUCACCGCGCGGCAGCCCCGAGGAGCCGUACCAGACGGCCGGCUACGGGCCGGCGGCGCCCUUCGGCGGCGAGCCGGCGCCGGCCGCCGUCGGACUGCCCACGCCCGAGAUGUCGCCGCUCGAGGGCGACAAGGCGGGCGCCGGCACGCCCGGCGACGACAACCCCGUGUCGCAGCUGAUGAGCGUGUUCGGUCCGGGCCGCUCUGGCUACCUGAAGAACGUGGCGCAGCCGUACGGCGGCCGGCUGGGUCUGACGGCGCGCGCCACGCCGCCCGAGCCGUGCACGCCGCCGCCGCUGGUGUCGCCCCAGUACGACUACUACGGCCGGUCGGCCGACAGCCCCGCCGCCGCCGCCGCCGCCGCCGCCGCCGCCUACCAGCAGCAGGCCGCUGAGCGCGCCUACGAAGACUACAUGAUGGAGCAGAAGCACCAGGCGGCCUCCCAGAUGGGCUACCACGGCGGUCCGCUGUCGGCGCCGCCGGCCGCCGGCUACCCGGCCAUGUCGGGCGGCCAGCAGAUGCCCGCCUGCGGCGUGCCCGUCCCCCAGGACGACCUGGACGUCGACCGCAACGAGUUCGACCGCUACCUGAAGGGCAUGCCGGGCAUGGAGCUCCACCAGCUGUACCAGCAGCGGGCCGACCGGCUGGGCCCCGCCGGCCAGGAGGCGCCGCAGUGCGCGCUGGCGGCCGCCUACGGCGCGCAGCCGGCGCCGCCCGGACGACAGUCGGAGCGCAAGUUCGAGUACGCGCCGGCGCCGAUGAAGGAGGAGGGUAUGGACGGCGGCAGCUCCACGCUGCUCUCCGCGCUGGCCGGAUACAGAGAAAUGUACUAUGAAACGUGAGCCGGCGCGGCGCGAGGGAGCUGCGCGCGGCAGGUCUGACGGACACGGCUGAGGGCCGGGCAGCGGCCGGGCGGGAGUGAGAUCGGAGGGCGGGCGAAUGGUAAUCGGUUGUGGUGGGGGCCGGGGAGGCACGAAUGGACCUGGGGGGCCGCCCGGCCGCCGUUGAUCUGACGGUUUGCCAAUAUGUGUGUGAUUGUUAUUUAUUUUCUCCAAAGAUUUAUCGCGAGUCUCCGAGAUCGCCUCGUGGAACGCGCCAUGAGCUCGCUCUGUAAAUAUGUCGAUACGCGUGCCGCAGUGGUCCGUAGGGGUGCAGUGGCGCCCGCGCCGUGCGCUCCGUGCGGGUGGGGUCCCUGGCGCCGUCCUCGCCACUCUGGUACGCACGCUGGUGGGCGAAUGAUCCGUCUUUUUAUUGGCCGGAGGCGGCCGUCUGGGCUCGGGGGGGGGGGGGGGCGGGCACCGGUAUCCGGUGGACCGGGCGGAUAGGACGGUAUCCGCGGACCGGCGUCCGGCGCGGUGUGUCGCCGCUCCGGGGGGCGCGCAGCCCCCGUGCAAUCGCGGUCGCGUCUCGUGAUGACCCCUUGUCGUCCGGUGAUCUGACCCGAUGAAGUAUGGCGAACGAUGGUGACAGGACCGACCGCCGUGCCGAUUUCUCUCUUCCAGUGAUGUAUGGGGGUGCGUUUUACUCGACACUAGAUUGUAUGGUUUGGAUAUGUUUGAGAGGUUUACUGAGAUGUUUUGCAAGUCAUUUUUCCGCCGAAGAAAAGGGUCUGUAAAUAACGGAUUACCUGUUAGAAGAUAUACAGAAAGGCAUGUUUUCACAGUGUUUUAAAGUGGUUUGAACAUAUAAUUUAUUUUAUUAAAAAACAUGCUUCCUUAUCGCUGGAGUUUUUCAUGAAUUGUCUUCCAGUCAAUUCGGUCAAAAUAUUGACAAGGGAGUGACUGUAUGCAUGUCGAGCGUCCGAUCGAGUAUGUGAUUAUAGGUUUUAGAAGCGAACAAGUGAUCCGGAUGUGUGUCUAGAUCGUGACAUGUUAUCAUUGGAUGCGUUUAUUUGUUGUCGUUUGUACGAGUACAAUGAUGCAAGCAUACCAUUCCUGUAAACGUUAAACAUGCUACCUAUGUAGAAUAAUGUACAUGAGCACAAACAUAUUGCUGAAAUGCCAAUACAAAACACCGAUUUU